UGACCCUGCAAGCCAGGUUCCUCUUACUGGAGGAAUAGUUGAUGCAUCAUUUUCAUGCACACAAUUGAUUUCAUCGAAUGGGCAUGGCUCAUCUGACCGUCCCUUAAGGACCAUUAUUCUUCUUCCAUCAAUGAUACUCCGUGAGAUGGGUGUGUCCCCUCUAUGGCUCCGAAAGGCAUUCUAAUAAAAAGAUAAAUUUCCUCCUUGCGAUCUUGGGCUUUGGGUGUUCCUUAUUCUGGGAAGGGAUUUAAAGCUGUCUGCCAGACCCGUGGGCUGUUAAAACAAGACAGUGCCACAAUGCUGAGCUCAGGCCUGCAAAUUCCCCCCCUCUUCCUCCUCCUCCUCCUCCUCCUGUUGCUCACAGCGAUGGAGCUCAGCUGCUCUUUUACAGAUGAGGACAAGAAGUUACUCGUGGACCUGCACAAUCAGUAUCGUGCUAAGGUUUCCCCUCCAGCUGCAGAUAUGCUGAAAAUGAGCUGGGAUCCAGAGCUGGAAGCCUUUGCCAAGGACUACGCAACAAAAUGCAUCUGGGAACACAAUGCGGAGCGUGGACGGCGAGGCGAGAACCUCUUUGCCAUGUCUGGCGACCUGGAUGUGAAGAUGGCGGUGGAUGAGUGGUACAACGAGUACACCUUUUAUAAUAUGACAACAUUAACCUGCCAAGAAGGGCAGAUGUGUGGUCACUAUACACAGGUGGUCUGGGCAAGUAGUGAGCGUGUGGGCUGUGGGACGGUGUUCUGCAAAACCCUGGAAUUCCUGAAUGACACCGACAUGCAUUUGGUAGUCUGCAACUAUGAGCCACCGGGGAACAUAAAGGGCCGCAAACCGUACAAGGAAGGGGCUCCAUGUUCCAUGUGCCCAGAUGGCUAUUCCUGUAAGGACUCUCUCUGUGAAUCCGGUGUCGACAUGGGAGAUGCCACCGCAUCUCCUAAGCUGGAGCCAACGGCUGUCUUGACUGCAAGCCCAGCUCUGCAAACCACACCAGAUUCAGCACCUGAUACGCCAGAGAGUCCCCAAACAGGAGCAGAAUCUGAAUCCCCAACAGCUGAAGGGCCAACCUCUUCGCUAGAGCUAACUUCAGACUUGUCAAACUCAGACGCAACUGUUUCCUCUUUGGUGACAAUGGGAGUUACAACUCUUCGUCCUGCCUCCCCAGAAUCAAGAACUGAAAAAGCCACUUCCUCAGAAUUUCCUUUGUCUGGUGGCUUAGCCACACCUGAAGCCACCAUUAAAAAAACUGAGCCACCUCCAACUCCCCCCACACCAGUGCAUUCUACCCGAAAGUCACCCUUGGUCCCUAAACCUGCAUCCACCCCUAAACCUCCAUCGACAGCUAAACCUCCCUCCAUGCCCAAACCCCUUUCAGCCCAUAAGCAUCCCUUCUUCUCCAAGCUACCCGCCCCAAAGAAGCCUCCCGCCUCUAAAACACCCGCACGCCACCGCUUGUCAGCUUACUCCAAAGCAAUAAACAAGCACAGCAAUGCUGCUCAGGCCUCUGCAGAUAAGGCACCUGUUCACAACACUGCAGGUAAGGCAGCUUCAAUCUCUGUCUGCCUGCCUUGCCUUGGAUGCAAACAGAUUAACCACCCUGAAGAAAUAAAGACUGCGCUUAAAGAGCUGACUUCCAGGUACCCCUAUGCUCCGUGUUUCCCCCCGCUUCCCCGGUGGCAGAGGCAUAGCAAGUGGGGCAAUACACUUAGGAAGGCCAGGCCUUAUUGGCUCAACAGUUUAUAGCAGUAUUUGAUCCAACAUAUUUAUAGGCUGAGCCCUCCGUCUUCUCUUUUGUACAUGCAUGCCUAUGUCUGUUCAUGAGCAUGCCUGGCCAUUUUCCUUUCUGCCCUUUUAGUGAGUUUGCCAGUCUGCUGGGAAUAGCACUGUAGCAUGGCCAGUGGCUGAAAAUUCUGUAGAUGGUGGUACAACUCUUGCCCAAGCAAUAAUGCUCUUGGGAGGUUGCAGUUUAUUUCCACAACCCCUUGUUUUCACCCGUUCAGGAAUGUGGAGCACACAUGAUUUUUUCCCCUACUUUCCUUCUCUUUAAGCUUUGCUAGGGUCAUACUGUCAUGAAACCUCAUUCCACCCAAUGACUCACCUGUGAUCAUCCUCCCUCUUGUCUGUGCUCUGUGCACCACAAAUGGGGGCCCUAUUUAUUUGCAGGACUGUGCCUGGAAGUCAUUCCCGGGCUUCCUAUUCUGCUUGUGAAUUGGUGACAAGGUGUCUGCAUUCUCCACUGUCAGCCCAUACUUUACCCCAAAAUGCCGAUAAAAACCUGGAUCUUGAAAACCCAGAUAAUGUAAAAAACCUGUAUCUUGAAAGCUGAACAAAUUGUGCAAGAUAAGCAAAGGCCUGCAAACCUACUGAAUUCCUUUAGCUGAUCCCAAAACAUUAAUUUGUGCUCCCUUGGUACAGCCUCUGGAGCUUUGUGGCUUGGAAUACAAACAGUUGUGUUGAUCAAAGAAUUGGUUGUGCCCACCUGAAAUGUAAAGCAAACUGAUAUGGCUUGUUUGUAAGGAGGAUGGAGAGAAAAUGAAUGACUGAUUAGGGAGAGUGAUGUGAGUCUCUAUAGAAACUCAGUGCACAAGAGCUACAUUAAGCAAUCAAUAAAUGAAGUGCAUGUGGA